AUGCUUACGGUAUCCAACCUUACGGCUUUGGCAGCUCUGCUAAGUCACAUCAAUGUGUCUAUGGCUCAGGGUCAAGCUUACAGUCAAUAUUACUCUCAAUGCCUUCCUGGGUCUGCCACCUCUGCCCCCGCUCCUUUGACGACAUUGGUUACCUCGAAAAUAUCCACAACUGCGGGAACAAGCCCAAUUAGCACUGGCAGCAGUGUCAAUGAUAAAUUCGUUGCACAUGGCAAGAAAUACUUUGGAGUCGCCACUGAUCAAGGUCGUCUUACAUCCGGCGAUAAUGCAGCUAUCAUCAAGGCCGAUUUUGGACAAGUCACCCCAGAAAAUAGCAUGAAGUGGGACACAAUUGAGGCAUCACAAAACAAUUUCAACUUUGCUGGUGGCGAUUACCUAGUAAAUUGGGCGACAACUAAUUCGAAGCUCAUUCGUGGUCACACACUUUGCUGGUAUUCUCAACUCCCAAAUUGGGUCAGCUCGAUUACAUCUGCAGCUACACUCACAGCUGUCCUUGAACAUCAUGUCACACAGGAAGUGACUCGCUGGAAAGGAAAGAUAUACGCAUGGGACGUCGUCAAUGAGAUUUUCAACGAAGAUGGCUCCAUGAGAACCAGCGUGUUCUAUAACGUCCUCGGAGAAAGCUUUGUUUCCAUCGCCUUUAAAGCCGCUCGGGCAGCUGACCCCAACGCAAAGCUCUACAUCAAUGAUUACAAUUUGGACUCGGCUACCUACGCUAAACUUACCAAGGGUAUGGUCGCACAUGUCAAGACAUGGAUCGCUCAGGGAAUUCCCAUCGAUGGCAUUGGUUCACAAUCUCAUCUUCAAGCAGGCCAGGGAUCAGCUGCAUUGGGUGCUUUAACUGCACUUGCGGCUUCUGGUGUUAGUGAAGUUGCGGUUACAGAAUUGGAUAUUGCAGGAGCAGCUGCUACUGAUUAUGUCAAUGUCGUUAAUGCUUGUUUGAGGGUGACUAAAUGUGUCGGUAUUACGGUCUGGGGUGUCCGUGAUCCAGACUCAUGGCGCGCAAGCUCAUCUCCAUUGUUGUUUGAUGCCAACUUUGCUCCAAAGGCUGCUUAUAAUGCCAUAUUGGCAGCUUUGUAG